AUGGACGCUACUUCACCUGAGACGGCUCCAGAGCCUAUUCGAUUCCGUGCCGGCAAGAAAAGGAAGGCUUAUCGCCAGCGCGCCCAAGGAGAAGAAGACACUGUCACAGAGACAAUACAACCGCCCCCUGCCGUGUCGGCAUCAGUAUCUAGCGAUAAACCCACCCAGAGAGAUACGCCAGACGACAACGACAAAGAAGAUGGAGAAGGAUCUGUUGCUGCCGCACUCAGGUUGCGCAAUGCGCGAAGGGGACGCUUUGGAGGUGUCGCAUUCCGAAAUAUCGGCCGCCCAGACGACGACAUGAAUAGCGAGCGUGCUCUUGUCCUUCAUGAUGUGGACGAUGCAAAUGCCGAAUCCGUUGUAAAGGGCGUGACAGAUCGUUUCACACAUCAAACCGGUAGACUUGCCGAUCUCAACGAUAGACAUAUGAUGGACUACAUAGAAUCCCGACUAUCUAAUCGUGCGGGCGGAAACAGCUCACAGACUACUACAUCCGCAUCUCCGUCGGAUCCCGCUCGACAACUAGCCGCAACGACAUCGAAUCAUGAGAGCGGGCGAGCAGUGAUGCAGGGUCAGCUGGUGGAGAUUGAUCUUGGUGAUCACGGCAAUGUUCCUCGCUCCGGUCAUGCUGCUCAGGGAGAUGGCGCCGCAGAUGGUGAAAGAAGAGCCAAGAAGCCCAGACUCAGAAGAGACGGCAAGCCAUGGCGUCCACGGAAUCGUCGCGAUAGCGAUGCUGUUAAGCGCGACCAGAUCGUUGAUGAGAUCCUCCGCGAAGCGAGACUCGACCUAUACGAGCCCUCUCCAGAACAAACCAGCAGGACUGCUGGUGCUGACCAGGAUGGCGCAGCAGACGAGCGACUCGCUGAAGAGUUCCGGCAGCAAUUCCUCGAAGAUGUGGCAGAGCGACAGCUUCGGAAAAAAAAGGUUGCGAGUCAAGCAGCCCGACCAGGCACUGAGGAGGUUCUCAAAGGGCCCAAGCUUGGUGGCAGUCGUAACGCUAGAGCUCAGAUGAGAGAUCUUCUGUUAAAGAAAGAGAAGGAGGGGAAGAAGUAA